AGCCGACGACGACAACGACGACGACGCAGGACGACUCAGCUGGAGCUUUGGUGGGAAGAUGCAUCUCUACAACCUCACCCUCGUGCCCCCGUCCAAUGUCACGGCAGCCGUCGUGGGCCAGUUCAGUGGGACCAAGCAGCAGGAGGUUGUCGUGUGUCGCGCCGGGUCCCGGCUUGAGCUGCUACGCCCGGACGUGUCGGUGGGAAAGGCAAGACGGGUGCUGGAACAGCACGCCUUUGGCGUCGUGCGCAGCUUGGCCAGCUUCCGUCUGACGGGAGGGAGCAAGGAUUAUCUCAUUGUCGGGUCCGACUCGGGGCGCAUCACGAUUGCCGAAUACGAUGCCAAGACGAAUUCAUUUGCGGUUGUCCACCAGGAGACGUACGGCCGGUCAGGCUCGCGUCGCGUUGUUGCUGGACAAUACCUCGCGACCGAUCCCAAAGGCAGAGCCGUCAUGAUUGGAGCUGUAGAGAAGGCCAAGCUCGUCUACAUUCUCAACAGAGACUCGGCCGCCAACCUCACGAUCUCGAGUCCCCUCGAGGCGCAUCGACCAAAUGCAAUCAUUCACGCAAUCGUAGGGGUGGAUGUUGGCUAUGAGAACCCGCUAUUUGCUACUUUGGAAGUCGACUACGAGGACUCCGACCGAGAUCCGACGGGAGAGGCGUUCGAAAGGGCAGAAAAGCUCCUCACCUACUAUGAGUUGGAUCUGGGCCUCAAUCACGUUGUGCGCAAGUGGUCAACGGCCGUCGAUAUGCGAUCCAAUCAUCUCGUUCAAGUCCCUGGCGGUUUCAACCAGAAUAGCGACCGAUGGGAGGGGCCAAGCGGCGUUCUGGUAUGCUCCGAAGAUUACAUCACAUACAAGCACAAUGAAGGCGAGGACCAUCGACUGCCGAUUCCAAGACGGAAGAAUCCGGUCGAAGUCGAGUCGGAGAGGAGAGGGACUAUCAUUGUGGCGAGUGUGUGUCAUCGCAUGAAGGCCAGCUUCUUCUUCCUCCUUCAGACCGAGGAUGGCGACUUGUUCAAGGUCACCAUCGACCACAAGGAAGAGGUCAUGCAGCGGAUGAAGAUCAAGUACUUCGACACGGUUCCAGUGGCCGCCAAUCUCUGCAUUCUUCGAGCCGGCUUCCUCUACGUUGCAGCCGAGAAUGGCUCUACGCUUCUCUACUCGUUCCAGAAGCUCGGCGAUGAAGACGACCUGCCAGAAUACAGCAGCGACGACCUGCCUGCGUUAGGCAUGUCCGACAUACCUCCUGCGCCGCCCCUAUUUGCACCUCGUCCCCUGGUCAAUCUCCUCUUGACCGACGAGCUCUCGGCGCUAGACCCGCUCGUUGAUGCCAAGCUGCUGCAUGACGAGGCCUCGGGCGGGAUAGAGGGGCCCAAGAUCGUUACUGCGUGCGGCAAAGGACCCCGGAGCUCGCUAAAGGUGCUCCAACACGGUCUCGAUGUCCAAGAGGCGAUCAGCAGCGAGCUGCCUGGUGUCCCCAAAUCAGUCUGGACAACAAAGUUGCAGGCUAGCGACGAAUUCGACUCAUACAUCAUUCUAUCUUUCGUCAACGGAACACUAGUCCUGUCCAUUGGCGAGAUGAUUGAAGAGGUCAGUGACAGCGGCUUUAUGACGUCGGCACCUACGCUGGCCGUCCAGCAACUCGGUCAAGAUGCACUCUUGCAAGUGCAUCCCACAGGCAUCAGACAUAUCCUUUCAGGGGCCCGCCAGCCGACCGAAUGGCCCGCGCCGAUGACUUCGGAUGGGCGACAGGCGACAAUCGUACAGGCGGCCACCAAUGAGCGUCAGGUUGUUGUUGCUUUGGAGCCCACGAACGAGAUCGUGUACUUUGAGCUCGAUAUGGACGGUCAGCUCAAUGAGUAUCAAGAGCGCAAGGGCAUGGGUGCGGGGGUCGUGACACUGAGCAUGGCUUCGGUGCCCGAAGGACGCCAGCGGACACCGUACCUAGCCGUGGGCUGCGAUGACAAUACUGUUCGCGUCGUGUCGCUGGAUCCGGACAGCACCUUGGCCACCAUCUCGAUUCAGGCCUUGACAGCGGCACCCAACAGCAUCUGUGUAGCAGAGAUGAACGACAUGACAAUCGAUCGCAACCACCCAACAUUUUUCGUCAACAUUGGUCUCGUCAAUGGUGUCCUUUUGCGAACGAUUCUCGACCCCACCUCGGGCCAACUGACGGAUACGAGAACUAGAUUCCUUGGUGCGAAGCCUGUCAAACUGGUCCCUGUCAAGGUGCAGGGCACUCAACCAGCCGUGCUGGCGCUCAGCUCUCGCUCCUGGCUCUCCUAUACCUACCAAGAUCGAACGCACUUUACACCCUUGCUCUUUGACGCCCUCGAUGAUGUCUGGACUUUCAGUGCUGGAUUGUGCCCGGAGGGUCUCAUCGGCAUCAUUGGCGACAGCCUUCGAAUCUUCACGAUACCGACAUUGGGAACAAAGAUCAAGGCGGACAGCAUUCCCUUGUCGUACACGCCUCGCAAGAUCACAAGCCACCCCGAACGGCCACAUCUCUUCUACACCGUCGAGUCGGACAAUCGGACGUUGUCACCCUGGGAGGCCAAAACGCGACUGGCGAGCAUGGGCAAAGAUCUCAAGGUGGGAAACCAGGGUGUCUUAGACCUCGACGAAGCCGAGUUUGGGCCGGUCAGAGCGGGUGCUGGGCAUUGGAGCAGCUGCGUCCGAAUCGUAGACGUAACGAAGCAGGCGACAACAUUCAAAUUGCAGCUGGAGGAGAACGAAGCAGCAUUCAGCCUUGCUCUUGUCAACUUCCUCAGCAGUGACAACCCGCAGGAGACGUACCUUGUGGUGGGAACGGGGCAAGAGACGCGGGUGACGCCAAGAGAGAGUAAAUCGUGCUUCUUGCAUGUCUACCGGCUUUCGGAAGAAGGGCAAAGCUUGGUAUUUGUCCAUAAGACCCCCGUCGAUGACGUCGCGCUCGUCCUUGAGUCAUUCCAGGGGAGACUGCUCGCAGGCGUCGGCAAGUCUCUGCGGAUCUACGACUUGGGCAAGAAGAAGCUGCUGCGCAAGAGCGAGAACAAGUCGUUCAGCAACUCAGUCAUCGUGUCUCUCCGGACCCAGGGAAGCCGGAUCAUUGUGGGCGACAUGCAAGACAGCGUCUUCUUCUGCGCUUACAAGCCCAGGGAGAACCGCUUCGUCGUCUUUGCAGAGGACGUCAUGCCGCGGUAUACAACGGCAACGACGAUGCUCGACUAUGAGACGGUCUGCGUCGGGGACAGAUUCGGGAAUGUGGCCAUUGUGCGGCAACCGGAUGCGCACUUGACCGAGAUGGUCGAUGAAGACCCGAGCGGGCAGAGCAUCGUGUCCGAGAAGCCAUUCUUGCAGGGUGCAUCGGCCCACAAGGUGCACCUGGAAGCCCACUUCUACGUAGGAGACGUCGUGACGAGCCUGCAAAAGGUCCGACUCGUGGCCGGCGGGAGAGAUGUGAUCCUGUACACCUGCCUGGGCGGAACAGUCGGUGCCCUCGUUCCCUUUGUGGCCAAGGACGAUGUCGAGACAAUGUCGAUGCUCGAGCAGCACAUUCGCCAAGAGACCAAUCCAGCUGCAUCUCUCGUCGGACGAGACCAUCUCUCCUACCGCGGUUACUACACACCUGUCAAGGCAGUCGUUGAUGGAGAUCUAUGCGAGACAUUUGGCUUGCUUCCACACGCCAGACAGGCCGCCAUUGCGGAGGAGCUCAACGACCGAACGCCUUCCGACAUCAACAAGAAGCUCGAGUCGCUCCGAACGACGAGUGCGUUCUAAUUCGAGAAUUGUCCUCAACUGUCUUUGUCGUCUGUGUGUGUAAUUGUAUAUCGUAUUUUGAACAAGACUAGCGAGCAAUUGGGAGAUAGUGAGGAAGAUGUAAAGUAAGGCAUUGAGUCAGAGGAUGGGCAG